GAAGUAAACACAAAUAUUCCACCAUUAAAAUAACUCUUGCUCAAUAUUCAUUACAAAAGAAAUGGUGGAUUAUCCAAGCUUAAGGUUAACAACCAUAUUUGGAUUAUGGUUAGUAAUAUUAGUAUCAAAUGCCAUGUGGCAUAAGGUGGGGGCCGAUGUCGACUGUACAACGGUGACUCAGCUCUUGAACACGUGUUCGGUAUUCAUUAGCUACGGAUCGCCGGACCCACUUCCCGGGUCGUCGUGUUGUGAUGCGGUUGUGGGCCUGAGUAAUUUGGGUGACACACCUGAAAACAGGAGGUCCUUAUGCAAGUGUAUGAUGGGCCUAAUUGCAGCUUAUAGUCCAGACGCUACUUCCAUUGCUACUUUGCCGGGCUUUUGUGGAGUUUCUUUGGGCUUUGUCAUUGAGCCCACCAUUGAUUGUACUAGCAUACUGUGACUCAAGAUGUGAAGAAUUGGAUGUAGCAUUGUAGCCUUGGUACCAAAUAAAGAGCUUUAUAAGGCUUACUAGUUACUACUCACAUGUACAAUCUUCAUCUCAUUAUUCAAGAUAGUAUUUCCUUGAUAUUUGAAAAUAAAGUUAGUUUUAAAGAGUAUGUGCAUACGAACAACGGAAUUACAUGAAUCCACAUAUAAACUUAUCUUUGUUAUUAUUUUUUUGCUUA